AUGGCUGUACCAGGCAUGGGCUGGGUUGUACAGAAGGCUUUGGAGCGCCUUGUCUGUGACACCUGUCGUGAGUGCCUUGUGGCAACAGUUCCAUCUGUCCGUUUCAAGCAGGCCUUCAUGCUGCUCAGUAUUAAAAACCUUGGAGGACUGCAGAUCCCCUCAGAUGGCUGGGUUGUACGGAAGGCUUUGGAGCGCCUUGUCUGUGACACCUGUCGCGAGUGCCUUGUGGCAACAGUUCCAUCUGUCCGUUUCAAGCAGGCCUUCAUGCUGCUCAGUAUUAAAAACCUUGGAGGACUGCAGAUCCCCUCAGAUGCACUAGAACGAUUCUCCCAUCACCCUGCUGGGAGAAGCUUUUUUUCAGCUACUUUUUGGAGUGACGCCGACCGAGGGAGGACUGACGACUUGGUGGGAUAUCGAUCGAACCGCGACAGCGGGCGUACCCGCACGGAGAGGACGGCGUUCAGGCAUCAUCACUGUGCAGAGCGAUCCAGGCCACCAGGGUGGCAGCGUAGCUGGGGAGUUGCACACAGAUUCUCUCAGCUUCAGAGUCUGAAUCGACUGCCUCAGCAGAACCGUGACACGUUGAUCAAGCUGAAAGGACUCACUGUAGUCUUUGCUGAUCAGUCCGGGAUGAACGCCUGUGGACAUGUCCUGCUGGGAACCAUGGAUGUUCAUUUUCAGUGGACUAAACUGUUGCAGCGGUUGCCCAGUUACUACAGCUUACUGCAGCAGACAGAGUGGCUGAAGGAACGAGUCAGCCUCAUCCUGGGUGGGGCUCUGGUCACCCAUGCUGAGACACUGGGGCCCGUGCAGCCUAUUGCAGAAUACUACAGCACCCUCAACACCUUCUACAAAUGUCUGAUGUCCAAACGCAUCAUUGUGCAUCCAAGGAGUCUGCAGGGGCUCGCCAUGAUCUUAGACAGCGACUGCUCAAGCCCCUGUCUCCACCAGAGGGGACACUUCAUCAUCCCGACGGAGACUGAUCCUGUCAAGUUGCAGAGCUUCCUGCAGAGCCACGUGCCUGAAGCCAGGCAGCGCUGUCUGCUGACAAAAGAGCUGCAGGCGGAGGAGGAGGCCAUCCUGAACCUGUGUGUCCACAGUCUGUCCCUGAGGAGUCUGUCCAAGGAGCCUAGUGUAUCUUCCAGCCAGCUGGUCCUGUGCUGCAGGAGACUCCUGGACCAGCAUCCGUCCCUCCUCCAGGGUCUCCAUGUCCGCAUUGCGCACUUCUACUCUGUCCUGCAGGAUGGGGAUCUGUGUAUCCCGUGGGAUUGGAAGAGCUGAACCUCAGCAGGAGACAGAUUCUGGACUGUGUCACUUUACCACGUUCAGACUCACAGAAUUUAUUUUAGUGGCACGAGCAGGGAGGUCUGGAACCCUGAAAGCUGGACAGAACAGAAACCCGGACCUGGGUCAGCUUUGACUUUUACGAUCCCACCAUGGCGCUCACAUAUGCAGUACUUUGAUAAUUGUCAAAGCAGGACAGUCUCUGCCCAAGCUAACUCUGGUCCACAAGUAUUUGGACACCACAAGCACAUCUUGAUUGUGGGUGACUCCAGAGGUGGCAUUACAAAAAAAUAGCACUAUCCAAAUACUUGUGGACCUGAGUCUAAACUUAAACAGCUGCACUGUGAUUUGAUUGGUUGUCAACGAGUCAGCUGAAACAUUAUUUGAGAGGAAGUCCUGUUUAGGCCCGGAGUCCCUUGUUGGCUGGUCCAGGACUUCGACAGGGAGCCUGAGGCACAUCCCUGGACUCAUUCAAGAACCUCUAAGCCUGUAUGUUAACUCAGGUUUGACAGGACAUUGGUUGUAUAAAAAACAUAUUUUAGAAAUAAAGUACAUUGAAAAUGUUU